AUGACAAAUUAUAUUUCUGCUCCAUCAGGUUGCUAAAUGCAUUAAGAAGCAACACCAAAAAUUUAUGGCAAGAGAUGCAAGAGAAUGUUGAUGUUAAAUGGAUGAAAGCUCCAUGUUUAGAGUUGUGUCCAACCAGCCAUGGAGCACAAGACCCCAGAGGGCUCCACCUCAGACCUAAAGCUGGUUUGCCACCCAAGAGCAAAAAGUAAAGUCUGGAAGUACUUUGGGUUUGACACCGAUGCUGAAGGAUGCAUACUGCAGUGGAAGAAAAUCUAUUGCAGAGUUUGCCGUGCUCAAAUUGCUUAUUCUGGAAACACCUCCAACCUUGCCUACCACCUUGAGAAGAAUCAUCCCAAUGAAUUCCAUCAAGUUGUCAAAAGCAACAGUGAACAGCCUAAAGAGCCCUUUACCUCUAGUUUCUUGAAACAGGAGCCUGAGGGUGCACAUCUGAGCAUGCAAGAUGCAAUCAUGAAGACUUCUUACAGCCAAGAUAGUAAGCGACACCAGGAGUUGACCACGGUGGUCACCAGCUUCAUAUGUGAGGGGCUUUAUCCUGUCUCUGUGGUAGAGGAGCCAACGUUCAAAAAGCUCCUCAAAAUGGCUGACCCAAGGUUUGAGCUCCCUGGCAGGAAAUAUUUCUCAACCAAAGCUAUCCCUGAGCGCUACCAUGUUAUUCGGACUGGUGUGGAAAAAGAGUUGGCUCUGGCAGGGUGGUGCGGUGUCACUGCCGACAUGUGGACAGCACAGGGUCGAAACCGAUGCUACUUGUCUUUAACUGCCCAUUUCUUGGGAGGUGCAAACAACAGCUCAAACCCUUUGAAGUUCUCUUCCAGAUGCCUCACCACAUUCGAAGUGGCAGAUGAAUACACAACAGAGAACUUGGCACAUGCCCUUGUUGAGUCCUUCAGAGAAUGGGGCAUCAGCAAAAACGUGUUGGGGGCCACGACCAGCAGUGACUGUGAAAGUGUGGUGAAUGCCUGCUCCCUGCUGAACCUCCCUGUGCACGUGCCGUGUUUCGGCCACGCCAUCAAUCAGGGCAUAAACCAAGCUCUUCAGCUCCCAAAAUUCUGCACCCUUCUUCUGAAAUGUAGUAAGCUGGUCGAGUACUUCAAGAUGACACCAAGAGCAGCCUGCACACUAAAUGAGAAACAGAAGCAGCAGUAUUUAAUGCAGCACCAGCUUGUUAAUGACUGCAGCACUUGGGGAAAUGCCCUAUUGAUGCUGCAGCGCCUGAGGGAGCAACGCACAGCAAUUGCAGCUGUGUUGUUUGAGGACAGCAUGAAUUACCACUUAAUGCCAGAAGCAAGUGAGUGGAACACAAUUGAAGGGCUGGUGGAGUUGCUGCAGCCGUUCCAGCAGGCAACCGAGAUGAUGGGCAGAUUGAAGUACCCGAUCAUUAGCAUGGUAAAACCCCUUCUUCAUGUCCUGUUGAACUCAGCUUUGAAGGUCGGAGAUUCAGACUCACAUUUGCUUGGUGCCGUGAAGGAGACGAUUGCCAAAGAGUUGUCUGAAGCGUACCAGUUAUCCCCAGAGCUGGACCUCUUCCUCAAUGCUGCAACGUUCCUUGAUCCAAGGUACAAGAAAGUACCGUUCCUUUCAGUCGCUCAGCAGAAACAAGUUGAGAGUAAGCUCAUAGAGGAAGCCAACAGUCUCUUGGAAAAGGACAAAGAGAGCCCUGCCGGGGGAGAGGGGAGCUUUGCCUUCGAAGAGCCGCCACUAAAAAAGCGCGUCAUGUCAAUGAAGCCCUACAGCACCGGCAGCAUCGACUUCAUGCUGGCGGAAAUCUUUGGGCAGGCAGGCAGCAGGGACGAAGACCAAGAUGGAUGGCGCUCCCAGGUCAUGGAAGAAGUGCGCAACUACAAAUCCCAGAAGCUCCUGGAAUUGGCUGAAGAUCCGCUGGCUUGGUGGUGUGACCGGGUGGCUUUAUUCCCCACCCUAAUCAAACUACUGCGGAAAUACUGGUGCAUUCCUGCCACGAGCGUCCCUUCUGAGCGGCUCUUCACUGCGGCGGGCAAUCUGGUGGACACCAAGCGAAACCAAUUGGCGCCAACUGAAGUCGACCGGCUGCUGUUUCUUUACGAGAACACUCGAGUCGAUCGUGAGGUCAUUGCAGACGAUGAAUAGGGCUGAGAUCUGGACUAAUGGCAAGAAGUCAGUUCAGUUGUUAAAGAAGUAAACAGAAGUAAUCAAAGUAAUGAGUUACUGUUGAUUUAAAUAAAAGAAUUUUAUUUUUUUGGAAUGAAUAUAUAAUGUGAGGUGGUGUAUAUAGAAAAAAUAUAAUGGAUGACCAAGUGUACAGAUUAAAAAAAAUUAUUUUAAAAAAACAAAUGUUGAUAGGAUCUUAUAUUUGUUUUUGUCGAUCAUCUAAGGUGGCUUGGAAGUACCUGUUAUUUUACCAAAAGUAUGUUCCAAUAUUACACAUUUAGUCCCCGGUGAAAGUGAUAUGAGCAAUAAUUUAACAUUCCUUCAAUUCUGCUGCCAUACUUUUUUUAAUCUCAGCCAUCAAAUUAGGAGUAAUGCAUACUCAAGCAUUGUGAAAUUGCACAGUACUUGAAGGGCUAAAAUCUGAAAGUUGGAGAAAAAUAUAGCUUCUUUGAUGAUUUAUGAAGGAAACUUCAUAAGAACCAUAUAAAAUAAACCUUAAACAUGCACUAUUUUUGUCAUUUUUUUAAGGGAAUGAAUGAUUGCAAGCUUUAACGUGAUAACUUGGCCACUGUAUCUUCAUGUAAUAAUAUCUGUUGUUUUGUCUUUUCUGUGUGUGGUCUAUUACCCAGUUGUGUAUCAGAUUUUUUUUCUUGUUUAAUGACAAUUAAAGCACAUUUGAAAUUCUGCAAAGUAACUUGUGAAGUUUCACAAGAGAUGCAAUUCGUUUACUGUUCAGAGCCAUUUGACUUGUGUGACUGCUUCUGUAUUCCCCCUCUGGGCAAAUUUCAUUCUGCCACAUCCAAAUAGUCAUGUUACUUUUGCUGGCCACUUUAUUAGAUACACCUGUACAUCUGCUUAUUAUGCAAAUAUCUAAUAGCCAAUCAUGUGGCAGCAGCUCAAUGCAUAAAAGCAUGCAGACAUGGUCAAGAGGUUCUGCUGUUCAGACCAAACAUCAAAAUUGGGGAAAAUGUAUUCUAAUUGACUUUUACUGUUGGUACCAGACAGGGUGGUUUGAGUAUCUCAGAAACUGCUGAUCUCCUGGGAUUUUCAUGCACAACAGUUGCAGGAGUUUACAGAGAAUGGUGCGAGAAACAAACUUUCAGUGAGGGGCAGUUCUGUGGGCAAAAAUGCCUUGUUAAUGAGAGAGGUCAGAGGAGAAUGGCCAGACAGGUUCAAUCUGACAGGAAGGCCGUGGUAACCCACGUAACCAUGUGUUAUAACAGCGGUGUGCAGAGGAGCAUCUCUGAAUACACAUGUCAAACCUUAAAGUGGAUGACCUACAGAAGACCACAAGCGUAAACUCAGUGGUCACUUUUUUAGGUAUAGAAGGUACUUAAUAAAGUGGCCACUGAGUAUAGCAUACAUUGAUACUGAAUUGUUUAGUAUCUUUUUCAAAGUCAUUAAGUAUAACAGUAUGUGGAUUUGAAGUAUUGAUUUAUUGGCUUAUAGUAGAAAUAAUUCCCA